AUGGAAUGAUGACUGAUGGAAUACAAUAGAGGAAGAGUGUAGGAGUUUGAUAACACCUGUCCAACUCCUACUUAAUAGAACUUGUUAAGAAUACUACUUAAUUAGAACUUGUUAGUUCUCACCCUUUGGGAAUAUAUCUUCUGGACUCUGAGAUUAACCAUGCAUGCUGGUUAGUAUGCUUGAGGGGCCAGGUCAGCCAUCAGGGAGCAUAGUCAAGACAGGCAUUGAUGGCGACUUCCCACUAAGAUUUCCUGGCUUCUCAUAGGUAGUACAGAGAACUGGCAUCAAGUGCGAUGAGUAACUUCAGUGUGGUUAGGGGAUUUGUACUGCUGGGAUUGUCACACCUCCAUGAGUUCCAGGUCCUACUGUUUGCAUUCAUCCUUUUGAUAUGUGUGCUGACAGUGCUGGAGAACCUGGCCAUUAUUACCCUCACAUGCCUUGACUCCUGCCUCCACUCACCCAUGUACUUCUUCCUCUGUAACUUCUCCCUCAUGGAGAUGCCAGUCACCUCCACUGUGGUUCCUAGGAUGCUGGCAGACCUGCUGUCUCAGAAGACCAUUUCCCUGGCUGAGUGCCUGAUCCAGUCUCUCUUUUACUUCUCCUUGGGUUCUACCAACUUUGUGAUUCUCACAGUCACGGCCUUUGAUCACUAUAUGGCCAUCUGCCACCCUCCGCACCACCCAACCAUCAUGAAUGGUCCAGUGUGUACGAAGCUGGUGGCAGUCUGCUGGGUGGUUGGCUUUGUCUCUAUCAUCUCCCUGAUCUUGCAGAAAACACGGCUCUGGUUCUGUGGCCCUAAUGUCAUCGACCACCACUUUUGUGACUCUUCCCCACUUCUCAAGCUUUCCUGCUCUGACGCCUGCCACGUUGAGUGCAUGGAUUUCUUCCUGUCCUUGCUCUUCAUGCUGGCCACCAUGCUGCUGAUCAUAGUGUCCUAUAUCCUCAUUGUGGCUGCAGUGCUGCACAUCCCCUCUUUCUCUGGGCACCAGAAAGCCUUCUCCACCUGUGUCUCCCACCUCACUGUGGUGGUUCUGGGCUAUGGUAGUGACAUCUUCAUCUAUGUGAGGCCAGGCAAGGGCCACUUCACACACUUCAACAAAGUGGUGGCUCUGAUGACUGUAGUGGUGACCCCUUUCCUGAAUCCCUUCAUCUUCACCUUCUGGAAUGAGAAGGUCAAGGAGGUCAUUGGAGAUAUGACCAAAAGUCUCCUCCUCAGAGACCCAGCAGCCCGUGGAUGAGAAGGCCAGACAACACCUGUCAAGUCACAGGAGUAAGGACCCUCCACUGCAGGUGGGCACCUGGGCACCCAUGCUGGAGCUCCUCAGUCUCCUGCUUAGUCUCUCCUUCUCCCUUUAUCCCCCGCUCACUCACUACUGAGAACUAAUGAGCCUACAUCAUCUGAAUGAUUCCAAGGCAAGUAUAUGUGAGCCUGAGAUAAACAAGGAGGAGAUGAUUUUGAGGAAGCUGUGGAGUGAAAACAGUAUGAUAAUAUCAACUGAAAGAGAGUAUCCAAAUAAAACCCUCAGUCCUGGGUCUGGUACAUAGUAAAAACUCUGUAGACGUGGCUACUAUUAUAAAAAUGUGCUAUUAAAAUCUCUCCUUCCCAGUCUGGCUGUAUGGUUUUGUUUACAUUCCUUUACAUUUCUUUGUC